GCAAAAAGGCGAAUGAGAAGGUUAACGAGCAAGCGGACCAUCAAAUCGACUGCGAUAUGGAACGGAAUGACUUGACCAUCAGGAAAAUGGAAUACGAGAUUACAGCUCUUGGAUAUACAAUACAAUCAAAACUUCUUAAUUGCCAGAAUUACGGGAUACCCACUUCGCGAGAACGAUUCAUACUUAUCGCCACUGCUCCCGAUGAAGUUACUCCGAACUGGCCAGAAUGGACCCAUGGUACCGAUGAUGGUCUUCUACCUCUAGUUACCAUACGGGAUGCCCUCAGUGAGCAGAAUUACCCUCAUGUGAGUGCUCGCUGUAGACAGCUACAAACCCAUGGCGAUUAUGCACAUCCUGCGAUACCCGACCUUCAAAAUCAUUGCUUUUGUUCUCGUAGAAGUGUGUUGUCCUGGGGACCAAAUACUAUUGGAGACAUAGACAAACCGAUUUGUAUACGCGAAUUGGCCACGUUGUCCUCUUUCCCCGUGGGUAGCCCGGCCAUUGUGGAGACAAGUUUGACACUUGUCCAGGUUGGGAAUGCGGUUCCGCCAAAGUUGGCCGAAGUUGUAGCGAGACAGAUCAUGGAAGCAAUCACUAUCAGAGCAAGGAAAAUUCCCUACGGUAGUAGGGCAAUGGGUAUCAGUUUCGAGGAUAUGCCAAUACAGUCAGAUUCUGAGACAGAUGGGGAUGUGGCGGGGAGGAAGAGAGGUCGUGAAAGCGACGACGAUGGUCAACAUCGUCCACAAAAACGCACAAAGUGA